GGCCGCGCCGCUGUGCGGCGAGGAGGACGCGGACGCCGGCGCGCAGGGCCCGGCCGCCAAGGAGCGCUUCCCGGGCCAGUCGGUGUACCACAUCAAGUGGAUCCGGUGGAAGGACGAGAGCACGCCCGUCAUCACGCAGAACGAGAACGGGCCGUGCCCGCUGCUGGCCAUCCUCAAUGUUUUGCUUCUGGCCUGGAAGGUGAAACUUCCACCAAUGAUGGAAAUCAUAACUGCUGAGCAGCUGAUGGAAUAUUUAGGUGAUUACAUGCUUGAUGCAAAGCCAAAAGAAAUUUCAGAAAUUCAGCGUUUAAAUUAUGAACAGAACAUGAGUGACGCCAUGGCGAUUCUGCACAAACUGCAAACAGGCCUGGACGUGAACGUGAAGUUCAGUGGCGUCCGAGUGUUUGAGUACACGCCGGAGUGCGUGGUGUUUGACCUGCUCGACAUUCCUUUGUAUCACGGGUGGCUGGUGGAUCCCCAGACCGAUGACGCUGUGAAGGCGGUGGGCAACUGCAGCUACAACCAGCUGGUGGAGAAGAUCAUCCUCUGCAAGCAGUCGGACGACAGCCAGCUGGCCAGCGAAGGCUUUGCGGCUGAGCAGUUUCUAAACAGUACAGCCACUCAGCUGACGUACCAUGGGCUGUGUGAGCUAACCGCAGCCGUGCAGGAAGGGGAGCUCUGCGUGUUCUUCCGGAAUAACCACUUCAGCACCAUGACCAAGCACCAGGGUCAGCUGUAUUUGCUGGUAACAGACCAGGGGUUUCUGACUGAAGAGAAGGUUGUUUGGGAGAGCCUGCACAAUGUAGACGGUGACGGAAACUUCUGUGACUCAGACUUCCAUCUGAGGCCUCCUUCGGACCCUGACACUGUAUACAAAGGACAGCAGGAUCAGAUAGAUCAGGACUAUCUGAUGGCAUUAUCUCUACAAGAACAGCAGAAUCAAGAGGUCAACUGGGAGCAGAUCCCAGAAGGGAUCAGUGACUUAGAGCUAGCAAAGAAGCUGCAGGAGGAAGAAGACAGACGAGCUUCUCAGUUCUACCAGGAGCAGGAGCAUGCAGCAGCAGCGGCUGCCGCGUCUGCACAGCCCCAGCAGGGCCAGCCGGCUGAAGCCUCUCCAUCCAGUGGAAGACAGCCUGCGAUUAGUGACCGCAAGCGGAAGGAGCCUCGAGAGAAAGACAAAGAAAAGGAAAAGGAGAAACCCAGCUGUGUCAUCUUGUAACAAGCGCUGGAUUCUGACGGGACCGUGCGCAGCAAAUGUCUUGGAAAGAAGACCACAGAGGGAAGGGAGAACCCGACACACACCGCCUGUGCCUGAUUUCCCAGCGGGUCUUGGCCCUGUCUCCAGGGGAAGGGUGUUACUUUGUUACACUCAGACCUUUUAAGUCACACAACACUUUAUGAGCUGGAGUUUCGUGUUACAAGUCCGAAAUGCUGUGUGUUGUCAUUCAUGAAAAAUACUGCACUUGUAGCCAGAUAAGAAAAUCACAGCAAAUUUUGUGUCACAGUGACAUUCAUAACUCAUAUCAGUUAGUAAGCUAUUUUAUCUUCUGUUCUAACAAUAAAUGGAGGUAGUUAAUUUAGUCAGAUUCCAUCCUGAAAUUUGAAUAUUAGCACAAUAGUUUCUGAAAUUUUUAUAAUGUUAAAUUAUGAUCUAAUCCACGAGAAGCCAGGGGUUUAAUAUAAUGUAGGGAUUAAAAACAAAAAAGACAAGAAAUAGCAGGAAUAAGUAAUCCUUAAUUGGGGCCAGGGAUAUAGCACAGCGGCACAGCGCCUGCCUGGCAAGCGUGAGGCCCUGAGUUCAAUUCCCGGUACCAAAAAAAAAAAUCCUCAAUUGUACAUUGGUACAUUGUCCAGCCCUUGAACAGCUUUACCUUUCUUUAGUAAUGUACAUUUUAGACAUGACCUUGAGAACUGAGGCUGGAGCUCCGAUUUCAUUUAGAAAAAGUAAAGAUUUGCAUUUUCUUUCCAAUAGCAAAAACUGACUUAACACUAAUACUUCUAACCUGUCCACAUGCGGUCUUAAUGCCGUUGUGGUGUUGCGAAGUUUUGAGGAGUUCUGAAAUCUUGCAAGAGGUGAGCUGGCUGCAGGGGCUCUGCCGCGGUGAGCGAGGUGGGGAAGCGUGAGGCCUGCAGGGGCAUGGAGAGCGCGGAGCAGAGGGUCGAGCGUCUGCCUUUGUCUGGAAUUACCUGCGGAACCUUACAUUCUAAAUCAUGUUUCUUGCUAGAAGAUUAAGUACACUUACUAAAGCCAACGAAGAAGCACAUUUCUGAAAGAAGGUUAGAAAUAAUCUCAGUGCAGUGAAAGACAAUAAAAAUCUGAGCAUAGAUGCGUUUGGAAGAAUUUAUGUAAAAGCAAUCAGAUUUUUUAACUUAUGAGAACCAAAUCUAAAACAUCUUAUAGUGUUUAUAGGAUUCAGAAAGAAUAUUUAUUUAACUUUAUUAUGAGGCAACAUAUUUUCCUGUAUUUCUAAAUAUAGUUUUGAAAAGUCCUUAAUAAUCCUUUUUAUAUACUUUAUAUUUAAAAUUUGUUUUAGUCAUUUUAAAAAGACUCUUGCUGCUCUAAUUACUGUGUGCUUUACAUUCUAAGCCUCCGAAAAUGUGUUUAAGAACAGCAUAACCUGACCUGAGCACCCUUCUUGUGGUCUGGGUGACAGAAAGCCUGAGCAACAUGCUCUCACUUUCUGUAAGCUGUGUUGGUGACUGUCUGUGACCUGAGCCCAGUUGUGAGUCUCUAUGUGAAAAGUAAGGUUUUAUUUAUAGAAGGGGUUACUCUAAGGAAAAAAAUCUAGGGCCAAGCUGUACCUUUUAUACCCUUCUAUACUGCAUGUCUGUUUAUGUUAUCUGAUUUGUUAUUUCUUCGUAUUUCCUAUGCUAGCAUGAUAAAUCAUCAGAGAACCUGUUUGGGGUAUAAAAGUUGGACACAGAAUCAUUGGUGAGUCUCUUAGGAUGACGCAGCGUCUGUGUGGGUGAAAUAACCAGACGUGCUAGGUAAGGCGGGCCCAGGAGGCGCCCUCCCCCGGGCCCCGCCCCGCCCCGCCCCGCCCGUCCGGUCCGCUGUGGCGGAAAACUCAGCCUGGAGCUUGGUUCUCCCCGCAGCAAGCAGUGCGACACUGCGCCACCGCUCCGUGCUGGCAGUGUGCUGAGGAAUCUCCUUAGCUGUUCUGCUCUUUGAGAAUAUGUGUGAAGUCAGUCUUUUGUUAUUUCCUGUCUUCUUUGUUCCAAAGAGAAUACUGCCAUUCUGCAUUCCCUGUAGAAAAAGAAGGAAAAACAAAAUCAAAAAUACUCCAACCAGCAGAGCUGCUGUCAGAUAAGCAGUCAGUGUACAGUGAGGAGCAGAAACUGAACAUGCGUUGUGUUUGCUACUGCCGUCCUCCUCUGUGACACUUCCACGGCGGACUUCGCCACAUUCCUAACGCUCAGUUUGGUACGCCAGGGUCAUAACGCUGAGAUGUUCGCUUUGCUUACUGUGGGGGAAAUUAAACACCCAAUUCUAUUAAAACUUGCUUCUCCGA